AUGGCAACAGUCAAAAACUUGUUCACGACACCUGCAACAGUGAAUGCCGUUGCUGAGAUAGCCUUUCGGGCCGCAAAACCAAAGAAGCUGAUGAGCAGCCCGAACACACAGGACAAGGACACUGCGAAAAAUGCAACGGGCCCAAACAAAUCACUCAGGCCCGAUGAAGCCAGCGCUUCAAACACGUCUUCAUACUCUCCGGUCAGGAUCCAGAACAGGGAACACGAAUCCCCAGGUGUUGAAGCUGAGAUUGGUGACAAUGUGCUUUAUGUAAACCAUAUCGGUGGUUAUAGUCACGAGAUAUGCAAAGGCCCACGAGUAAGCUGUCAGCGUGAACCCAUUAUCUGUGGCCACAUACCCAAUCGCACCCCCUAA